UCCUCCGCGUUCCAGAUGGCAUCAAACGACUCGCGGCUCCAGCAUCAGCCCUCUCAGAAGGAUGCGGCUGACCAGAACUUUGAUUACAUGUUCAAGCUGCUGAUCAUCGGCAACAGCAGUGUGGGGAAAACCUCCUUCCUGUUUCGCUACGCAGACGACUCCUUCACGUCGGCCUUCGUCAGCACCGUGGGCAUCGACUUCAAGGUCAAGACCGUGUUCCGAAACGACAAGAGGAUUAAGCUACAGAUCUGGGACACAGCCGGUCAGGAGCGUUACCGCACCAUCACCACAGCGUACUACAGAGGAGCCAUGGGGUUCCUGCUCAUGUAUGACAUCACAAACCAGGACUCCUUCAAUGCAGUGCAGGACUGGGCGACACAGAUCAAGACUUACUCCUGGGACAAUGCUCAGGUGAUCCUUGUUGGUAACAAGUGUGACCUGGAGGACGACAGGCUCAUACCCGCAGAGGACGGCCAGCGAUUAUCAGAGGAUUUAGGCUUCCAGUUCUUUGAGGCCAGCGCGAAGGACAACAUCAACGUGAAGCAGGUGUUUGAGCGUCUGGUGGACGUCAUCUGUGAGAAGAUGAACGAGAGCAUGGAGGGAGACGCCAACCUGGUGUCCAACCACAGGAACCAGGGCCUUAAAGACUCGCCUUCAGAGAACCAAGGGGGCUGUUCCUGCUAAACCGCCUGUCCUCCCACCGAGUCCCCCCAACACACACACACACACUAAUAGUCCCACAUCCUACAAAGUGUUGCACCUCUUCUUCUUCUUCUUCUUCUGUCUUCACUUAAGCCACGCCCCAGCUCUGCUUUGUCACAGCUUCAUCAUCAGCACUGUCAGACCCUCCCCACCCUCCUCCCCCUGCCUCACACAUGGCCCACAAUCUGCCUCCAUCUUUCUCUGUGGUCCUCUGUGGUGAGCAGACCGUUCAACAGAACCUGCCACAUGCUCUGUAUUCUUCUGUUCACGCCCAACAUCAACGGCCUUGACCACGCGACAUUAUAAAUGUACUGUAUCUACAGCAUUGUGUCCAGCAGUGUCACUCAUCUCUACAUCAGCUGCAGUUUCCAGUGUAGUGUGCCACUGUACUAAAUCACUAAAUCAGCUUUUAUCGUUUCACGUCACAUUUUGGAGAAUUCUGCAGCUCAUAGUACCCGUAUACAACAUAACUACUAUGAAAGUACAACAUUAACUCUGUAACUGUUAGUAUGUGACAUUUACACAAGAGUGAGGGCUUAAUACAUGUCACAUGCUGGUCGGGAUGAUUCUAAAGCUGCAGGAUCACUAGAAUAAGAGCUGAUUGUUGACAUUGUGGGAUCAUGGCUCUCUGUCCUGAGCUCCUCUCAUCACAUGAGCGCGGCGAGUCUCUCCAUCUCUAAAACUCUCCACUGAUGUUGAAAGGUUUUAUUGUAUUUAUUGUCUCAUUCACUUUUAGACUCUAACCCCUCUUUUGUACUUCACUCCACCACGGAGUAGGGAGUGAAGUGUGGUUUUUGGUGGCUCUGUGUGCGUCUGUGGGCUGACGAUGGCCGAGUCUGCCAUCUCUUGAUUUCUUUGCAGUGUAGGCUGUGGUCGCUGAUGCUGAAGCAGUGAUCUGUAACUUGACUUAACUGAUCUGUGAUCUGUGAUCUGUGAAUUGACGCAGAAGUCUAUCAGAUCACUAUAUUUUCCGUUAGGCUGAAAUGUAAUUAUGCAAGUGUUGCUCAAUAACAGCGAAGACAUCCUACCUCUGCACCUUUAAAGCUCACUCCAUGUGCAUGCGUGGGUAUUCACGUGCAUUUACAGCAUCUGAGUGUGUCACUGGCAUCAAACUCAAAAAUAACCUUUGGAUUGUUUCUGCAUGUUUUGAAAUACAGUGAUUCCAGAUGGAUGUGCGGUGUCAGCGCAGAGCAUCCAAAUGUGUGUGUCCUCGAUCUGUUGUGACAUUCUGAGGCGUUUGCUCGUCAGUCACCACUUUUAUCAUGCGGUGGUUAAACAUGUGCGAAUCUCACUGUCAGUCUCUCGCGCUGAGACGGAUGCCCACUGGUGGACGCUGUGCCACGUCCUCCACGUCACGUUGUGAGGAAGUCGUUUAACACUGGUGACAGCGGUUGUUAUUGUCACGGGACCUGACACUCACCCUUCACACACACACACACACUAACUGCUGCAUGGCAAACGAGUUGACAUGGCUCUUGACAACUGGAGCAUUUGUGAAUUGUUUGUGUGUCAGUGUCAUGUUGCUUGCUGAGGUUUUUUUUUGCAGCAGUGAUCUCUGAGAAAGAAAAGGUGUGUUCCUCCUAUCAGAGGUAGAGAGGUGACGUGCCUGUGUCACUGUGAAAUCAGUCCUCUUCUCAUUAAAGUGGCUGAAAUGACAUUUCGUGACCGCGCUCCCUGCCACAUGUCAACUUUUAAUAGCUUUUUGACAUUCCAGUCUUCAGUAUUGAAACCGGUGUCGCGGUGGAUGAAACUAUAAUCCCAUGUGAGUCCAUGUGAGACUCAUCAGUCAGUUCGUACCAGCCACAGCCUCUACAUAAUGAUAGUAGCCUUGUGUUGCUGUGCCAAUACCCGUUGUCACUUUUUUGGGGGGGCUGGGUCACAACCCUCCUCCUCCUCCUCCUCCUCCUCCUCCUUUCUGCUGUUGUAAAAGCCUGUGGUCAGUUAUCUCUAGUGUCCACUGUGUGUUCUGCUAAAGACUGGACUUUUGUGUUAUCAUGUCACCUGCACCACGGUGAGCUCUGGUGCGGCUCGGGCCACUGACUCUCAACACUACACCGUGUGGUUUUUGCUGUUGUAUUUAAAGUGAGUGCAAAGGAGGCGGAGCGUGCAGCGUGUCUGUGACACAGUGUGCUUAAGAUGUACCUGGCACCGUUGUGAUAAACUGUCCACUUGUCUUGUAUCUGCCAGUUGAUGGUGCUCUGUGCUCUCCUGAAACUCUUAGCCAGAUGUUUCUUUCUUGCUUGCUUGCUUUUAUGCUCCGUUGUGUUUAAGCUCUCCUUGUUGUCAUGUGUUCUCCUAAUAUGUCGCUUUCUAAAAAAAACAAAAAGAGGUGAAAUCAGAUCCUUCAGUUCUGAAUGUGUUGGCUGGACACAUUAUGGCACACGUGCAUCUUAUAAACAAAUCAAACUUGAACAUGUUCACAUGUGUAUAUGAGAAUAAAGAGUAUGUUCACUGCAUAAA